GUGGCAGCUGGGAAUGCGAGGACUCUCCCGGGCUGCUAUUCCGGGGACCAGGGGGGGACAGUCGCGGGGCUGGAGGAAGAAGAGCCCGGCUGACACACGCAUCGAGGUCCGGCGUGGUGGACUUAAUAAGUUCCUGAAUCCCACCGCGUGAUUAGCGGGUGUCUGCGGUGCCUCUCCCGCGGGGCUGCGGGCUGAAGUGUUCGGCGUCCAACUUGAACGUCUCAUUCAUUUCUUUGGUUCGACGGUCUCGCCAGGACGGAGCCGUCCUGCGCGCUCCAGCCAUGGACUGAAAUCCUCGGCCGACGUACGACUCCCCACGCACGGACAAUAAUCAAUGAUCGAGGAGACCAUGACCCUGCUGUCCCUCCUAGGUCGAAUCAUGCGCUAUUUCCUCCUCAGACCGGAGACCCUCUUCCUGCUCUGCAUCAGCCUCGCCCUGUGGAGCUACUUCUUCCACACGGACGAGGUGAAGACCAUCGUCAAGUCCAGCCGGGACGCGGUCAAGAUGGUGAAGGGGAAAGUGGCCGAGAUGAUGCAGAACGAGCGCUUCGGCGGCCUGGACGUCCUGGACGCGCAGUUCGCCAAGACGUGGGAGUCGAAGAGCACCGACGUCGCCGUCUACUCCAUCCAGGGCCGGAGAGACCACAUGGAGGACCGCUUCGAGGUGCUCGCCGACCUCGUCAACAGGAGCCACCCGUCCAUUUUUGGCAUUUUUGACGGCCACGGCGGGGAGGCGGCUGCUGACUACGCCAAGGCUCACCUGCCUGAAGCGCUGCGCCAGCAGCUGCUGACCUACGAGCGGGAGAGAGAGCGGGAUAGAGAGAAGGAGAAGGAGAAGGAGAAGGAGAAGGAGGAGAGAGAAAAGAUGUCCUACCCGUCCAUCCUGGAGCAGCAGAUUCUGGCGUUGGACCGGCAAAUGUUGGAAAAGCUGUCCUCCACAUACAAUGAAGCGGGCACCACGUGUCUGGUGGCCCUCUUGUCCGAUAAGGAGCUGACGGUGGCCAACGUGGGCGACUCCCGAGGGGUGCUGUGCGAUAAGGACGGCAACGCCAUUCCUCUAUCACACGACCACAAGCCGUACCAGCUCAAGGAACGCAAGAGGAUCAAGAAAGCUGGCGGCUUCAUCAGCUUCAACGGCUCGUGGCGCGUCCAGGGCAUCCUGGCCAUGUCGCGCUCGCUGGGCGACUACACCCUGAAGAACCUCAACGUGGUGGUCUCCGAUCCCGACGUCCUGUCCUUUGACCUGGACAAGGUGCAGCCCCGCUUCAUGAUCCUGGCGUCGGACGGCCUUUGGGACACCUUCAGCAACGAGGAAGCCGUGCGCUUCGUCCGAGAGCGCCUGGACGAGCCUCACUUCGGCGCCAAGAGCAUCGUCCUCCAGUCUUACUACCGCGGUUGCCCCGACAACAUCACGGUCAUGGUGGUCAAGUUCAAAGGGAAGGCUGGUGAGCAGUAGAUAACUGAUCGACCCUGACACUUUUUGUGGGAUUUCUAUUACAGACGAGUGCUCCGCCCCUUUUUAUUUAUUUGCUUUUAAAGUGCGCAGUAAGGAUGUCCGUCAAGCGUGGAAGUGAUUGUGUCGCGUUGAGGCAAAAAGAAGUGCACUACUUGCCUGCACUAGAUGCAAAUCCAUGCUAUAGCACGGCUCCUCGGAAUAUUCCGAGAGCCACAUUCUGCCGUCCCGUUGAAAAUAACACAACGACACUUGCUUAUUGCAUCAAUACGAGCAUCUUAAAAGUCUUUUUUUUUUAAUUGACCAAUUCUCUUCAUGUCCCUAGAAACAUUUUCUAAUGGAUUUAAGUCUAGUCGUAGACUUUGAACCUCUUCUAAAGUACCGAGGCCCUUGUUUUGUUGACGUCAAUGUACUACGGGAGGUGAGUAACUUGAUGUCAUGCUGCAAGGUAUUCUACAAGACACAAAAGCAGUGUAAAUGGUAAAUAAAAAGAGAAUACAACAAAUCCUUUUCAACUUAUACUCAAUUGAAUAGACUGCAAAGACAAGAUAUUCAACGUUCAAACUGGUAAACUUUGUUAUUUUUUGCAAAUAAACUUAGAAUUUAAUGGCAGCAACACAUUGCAAAAAAGGGCAUUUUUACCACUGUGUUACAUGGCCUUUCCUUUUAACAACACUCAGUAAACGUCAGGUUCAAACACUGAUGACAUCUAUUAAACAAGACAAGAAGCAAGGAAUUAAACAGAGACAGAUUUCAAAUAGGCGUAGAAACCGCGUAGAGCUGUACCCUUGUCCAGUGUUCCACCACGCUCUGAUGAAAGCUUGUUUCGCCUCCUCUUUUAUUUGGACUUUCCCUGAUUACAUGGCAACAGCUUGUUUCUAAAGGGACGGGGGGUCGUAAACAGCCGUCGCCUUUGGUUACAAAACAGUUCGAAGAAAAGGUGCCUGGAGGGGAGUCAGAUCCUGCUUCCUCAAGACAAAAUCUCCCUGUGGAUUACAAUACAUCAAAGAAACCGACACCUUCGUGUCGCUUCCCAUGCUGCACAGUGGCGUUUUACCAGCCUUUUGAUUGGUAAGAUCAAAGACAGCUUUUUGUCCUCUCGCCGGGAACUCAUGGCAACACAGAGUUUUGUGAUAACUUAGAUACAAUUAUUCUGACAGUAAAGGUUUGGGAACUGAGGAGACAUUUUUGAAGGGGAAUUAUUUCCCAUUCUAGCUUGAUGUACAGCUUAAGUUGUGCUAUUUUAGGCUUCAGAAUGCGCCACACAUUUUCAAUGGGAGACAGGUCUGGACUACAGGCAGGCCAGUCUAGUACCCGCACUCUUUUACUAUGAAGCCACGUUGAUGUAACACGGGGCUUGGCAUUGUCUUGCUGAAAUAAGCAGGGGCGUCCAUGGUAACGUUGCUUGGAUGGCAACAAAACCUGUAUGUACCUUUCAGCAUUAAUGGUGCCUUCACAGAUGUGUAAGUUACCCAUGUCUUGGGCACUAAUACACCCCCAUACCAUCACACAUGCUGCCUUUUACACUUUGCGCCUAGAACAAUCCGGAUGGUUCUUUUCCUCUUUGGUCCGGAGGGCAAGACGUCCACAGUUUCCAAAAACUAAUGUGAACUCGUCAGACCACAGAACACUUUUCCACUUUGCAUCAGUCCAUCUUAGAUGAGCUCGGGGCCCAGCGAAGCCGGCGGCGUUUCUGGGUGUUGUUGAUAAAUGGCUUUGGCUUUGCAUAGUAGAGUUUUAACUUGCACUUACAGAUGUAGCGACCAACUGUAGUUACUGACAGUGGGUUUCUGAAGUGUUCCUGAGCAUAUGUGGUGAUAUCCUUUACACACUGAUGUGGCUUUUUGAUGCAGUACCGCCUGAGGGAUCGAAGGUGCGUAAUAUCAUGGCUUACGUGCAGUGAUUUCUCCACAUUCUCUGAACCUUUUGAUGAUAUUACGGAGCGUGUAAAUUCCUUGCAAUAGCUUGGUUGAGAAAUGUUGUUCUUAAACAAUUUGCUCAGGCAUUUGUUGACAAAGUGGUGACCCUCGCCCCGUCCUUGUUGGUGAAUGACCGAGCAUUUCAUGGAAGCUGCUUUUAUACCCAAUCAUGGCACCCAUUCCUCAACUUUCUCAGUCCUUUUUGCCACUUGUGCCAGCUUUUUUGAAACAUGUCGCAGGCAUCAAAUUCUAAAUGAGCUAAUAUUUGCAAAAAAUAACAAAAGUUUACCAGUUUGAACGUUAAAUAUCUUGUCUUUGCAGUCUAUUCAAUUGAAUAUAAGUUGAAAAGGAUUUGUUGUACUCUUCUUUUUAUUUACCAUUUACACAACGUGACAACUUCACCGCUUCUGGGGUGUGGUAGAUUGGUCAAUCCCUCAUUUUCACCGCGUCUACUUGAAAGUUGACCCGGCGUCCACGUUUACGUCACCCUACAGGACCGCACCCGACAUGUAAUGUAUCUUCUCGAGUGACGGCACAAUAGAAAUGAAUCUUGGAAGUACUUUAGAGUAGUCAUUGCACAGCUUGUGUUGCUGAAAAUAAGUCAACACAUUGUUGUCUUCAUCGCUGAGUUCACAUGUGUAACAGGUAGCAUAAGUCUACACUGCAAGUUAAGGUGUACAUUGACUACUCUAAAGUAAAUCCAAGUGUUAUUUCUAUAGUAGUGUUGCUUGGUGAGAUAGUGUGAGUCAAUUAGGUUCUGGCUGAGGAAAAUAAAUAUUGUGGUGUUACUGCUAGUCGCCAUGCAGAGUCAUGUUCAUGAAGGAGGUGUUGAUAAUAGUAUGGGACUGCAACAUCACUUCAUUCUUUUGGACGUUUUAGUUCAGAAUAUUUCGUGGAUGCCUGAUAUUAUUUUUAUUUUUUUUGUGUUCGAUGGCUUUUAAAACUCUAGAUGGACCAGACUUUGGGACUGGUGCACCCAGAAUAGUCCACAUCACCCCCAUUUGAUCCAGUCUUCAUCGGCUUCCAGUCUAAUUCAGUUCAAGAUUUUAGUCCUGACUUCCCGUGCGUUGCAUGGUGGGGCCCCUCAGUACAUGACUUGUUAGGCCCCUACUCUUCAGUUGCAUGGUGGGGCCCCUCAGUACAUGACUUGUUAGGCCCCUACUCUUCAGUUGCAUGGUGGGGCCCCUCAAUACAUGACUUGUUAUGCCCCUACUCUUCAGUGCAUGGUGGGGCCCCUAAGUACAUCACUGACUUGUUAUGCCCCUACUCUUCAGUUGCAUGGUGGGGCCCCUCAGUACAUCACUGACUUGUUAUGCCCCUACUCUUCAGUUGCAUGGUGGGGCCCCUCAGUACAUGACUUGUUAGGCCCCUACUCUUCAGUUGCAUGGUGGGGCCCCUCAGUACAUCACUGACUUGUUAUGCCCCUACUCUUCAGUUGCAUGGUGGGGCCCCUCAGUACAUGACUUGUUAUGCCCCUACUCUUCAGUUGCAUGGUGGGGCCCCUCAGUACAUCACUGACUUGUUAUGCCCCUACUCUUCAGUUGCAUGGUGGGGCCCCUCAGUACAUGACUUGUUAGGCCCUACUCUUCAGUUGCAUGGUGGGGCCCCUCAGUACAACUGGCACCAGACCCUCCCUGAUCUUGACUGUGUUGACCCUUUGAAGAAACAUUAGAAAACUUCUCUUUUUAGUAAAGCUUUUAGUUAAUGCACCUUUUAACUAUCUGUUAGGUUCAAACACUGAUGACAUCUAUUAAACAAGACAGGAAGCAAAGAAUUAAACAGAGACAGAAUUAAAUUUGGCUCAAUUUGAGGAGGAACGUCAGGGCUGUACUCUUGUACCGUCUCCACCACACUCUGGCGAAAGAUUGUACGCCUUCUCUUUUAUUUGGACUUUCCCUGAUUACGUGGCAACAGCUGUUUCUAAGGGACGUGGGUCGUAAACAGCCACCGCCUUUGAUUACAACAGUUCAAAAGAAAAGAUCGUAAAACAGUUCACAGAAAAGGUCGUAAAAAACAGUUCAAACAAGCGGUGCCUGGAGCGGGAGUCGGGCUUUGUAGUUCUUGGGUCAAGGCAAUAUCUCUCUGUUGAUUACGAUACAUGAAAGAAACAGAACACCUUCAUGUUGCUUCUCAUCCUACACGGUAGAGUUUAACCAGCCUUUUGAUUGGUGGGAUUAAAGACAGCUUUUGUCCGCUCGCCGGGAACUCAAUGUAACACAAAGUUGUGCGAUAACUUCGAUACAAUUAUUCUAACACUAUCAUUUUUAAUCACCUUUUUAUGAUGUUGCCCCUGUUGGUUUCAUUGUGUUGUCGUUUUACUUCACCUAUGUUUUUUUUUUUAUAGCGCUUUGUCAUUUUAUCUGUGAAAAGCGCUUUUAUAAAUAACAUUGAAUUACUUACUUACCCUGUUGACUAGAAUAUUUGUCUCAAUUCCGGUCAAAUUGAUGGAGUUUAUUCUGCCCGUUAUGAAGCAAUACAUGUGAGACUCCAAGUCAUUACAUGAAUACAACAUGAAACACUUCACAGAAGCCAGGCGUGCAAAGUUGAACAAAAGUUUUUAAUGUGCAUAGAUUUUUCUCCCAAGUCUUUCUCCCGCAGAACAGGACUUUUCAGUCACGUCCGUAUCCUCUCUCCCCCUCCUGCUCCCCGCCGCUUACUGUUAAAGACAACAGAUGAUUAGAUGAACACGUACCACCUGUGAAAAUCGAAUCACCUGCCAGCCGUGUCUCGCCGUCAGCACUGCCACGCCCCCCCGUCUGAUGGUGCUCUGUCCUCAGCACCAUGGACAGAGGCGGUGACCUUUGCUCCUGCAGGCAGCGCUGGCCACGUCUCCCUCCACAAUCACAUUGUUCAAUAAGUCCUUUCACAUCAUGUUGAACUUAUGUACUCCACAUAAAAAAUGACUAUUGUGGCCUCGUGUUCUUUUGCUUUCCUGUAAUGGCAAUUUUUUUUUUUUUAAUUGAGGAUCCCUGUAAAAUAGAUGUUCUAAAAAUGAAUGUACAUACUGUACUCAUGUUGGCGUCUGCCUUGCCGCAACUAAGAAAGCGAGGCUGAUUGUAUAGCAUCAGCAAUAUUUACAGUACCUGCCGUUGGUUUCUUUUCUCGUUUUGCAGAAUGUCAUUUAGUAUUUGUUUGUUUGACUUAAAGUCAGUGUGGGUUUAAAAGAAAAAAAAAAAAGAUAUUUUCAAGUGUACUAAAAAAAAAAUUAACAUUAAAAUGAUUCAAUAAUC